AUGGCGACAUAUGUACACUACCAACCCUCGAUCAUAUCUUCGUUUGAGUCGACGUUGUGUUUUGGGCUGCCCGAUCCAACAACGCUGCUAAUUGUAGAAGUUUUUUUGAAAUACAAACGGUUGAUAUUCUUGAGAAAUCGGCGGGGCGAGCUUGUUGAUUCCUACGAGACAAACUCCGACUCCUACGUAUACGCUUGUUUCAAUUCUCCUAGGUUGUCGUCUGAUGACUUGAGAGCCCAAAUUCGUCUGCGGGUGCCGGGAUUGUCUGACUCCUUAUGCACCCAGCUUUCCCAACAAAUCUUCGAGUAUGCAGUUGCCAAUGAAAAUGGCGGUGCAAACAUAGUCACGGCUUUUGUGGAGAUUAAGGAGCCACAACUCCAACCAACAGACGACGACGACCAAGGACAAGAUUACACGGGCGUGCGGGUUGAUUUUGAUGAUUAUAAUGAGGAUGGAGUAGUCACAUACAUUGAAAAUGAUGACGAGGACGACGAGGAUGACGAUGAUGAGUCGUCGAAGGCGCCAAGAGGUUUGAGUUGGGAUGAGAUUAAUGGGUUGAAGCAAGAAAGUUUCAAGAGUGGUACUGCUGCAGAUGAGGAAUCAUUAAUGUGUUCGAUUUGUUUGGAAGAGUUCUCGACGGGAGUUAAGAUUACGCCAUUGCCAUGUUCUCACACCUUUCACCAUAACUGCAUUGCUUCGUGGCUCCACAAACAGGCAAGCUGGCCGCUUUGUCGAUUCGACAUCUCGCAAGAAUGCUCAUCACCAUCUUUAAAUGUAGUGUUAGCGCAGCUAUAA